AGAGGACAAAAGAUGGCAGAUGCAACGGCGACGUAUGAGAGAAAAUAACAGAAAAGGAAUCCUCUGACCGUCCGUCUGACUCCUUCUCUGUCCACCUGGACCGUCACAUCACUCUUCAGCAGGGCUUGUUUGAAGCAGACUUUGGAUGGAUGAUGGCUCAAUCUGACCGGCCUAGACCUUCAGCUCCUCACAGCACUGUGGAGAGGAUCAGUUUGACUGUCCUGCCUCCUGCCGUCCAUCGGUUCAUCUUCGGCCAACCAGAAAAGUUUCUGUUGGCUCACCUGGUCCUCAGGGCGCUGUUUGGAGCGGCGAGCGGUACAGUUCUGUUCCUGGGAUUCUCUCACAGCCUCCGGCUGACCUUUGACCUGAAAAUGGCAGCAGCAGCUGUCUUUAUCGCUGGUUGUACGGUGGGCGGAGCUUUAUCCUCCUCCUCCAGGUGCUCGGUCCUCCUGAUGUUACCCAGCGUGCUCGGCUCCCGCGGUCGGGCGUACCUGAUGCUGUUCAUCCUGUCGGUACUCUACACAGGUCCAGUUUCUAACAUCCAGCAUAACGUGGAGACGGCUGCUCUGUCUCUGAGCUGUAAUCUGGAUCUGCAGGUUCAUCACAGCAAGUUAGUGUGGAGAAACGCCAUGAGACCGUUUCUAGUGGUCGCACAGGAGCUGAUGGACGAUGACGAAGAGUUUCAGGACGAGGCUCAGAGCGUCAACAGAAACUUUCAGAACAUCAGAGACGAAGUCGUCCAUGAGUACGGAUAUGACCGGUUCAACCCCAAACCAAUCCCCGGCAACAGCACACAGGAGCAGUUCGCCUCCAAGACCAUGAUGCAGUGCGACAGUGUGGUGAAUGAGGGCGUGCAGCGAUGUACUGAAUGGUUCAACAAGAAGUGGGAUGAGUGUAUGAAGGCGAUCGCUGUACCCUUCAUCAACAAUCUCUUCUGUGUCUCCAUGAAGUUCCACUUCCUGUGUGAUAUCAUGAGAGUGAUGACUCCGUGGUGCAGAGAGAAGAUCCCUGUGGAUGGAAACUUCGGUCAGCUGUUUGAUGAGCUGAAUAGUUCUGUCGACCUGCUGUCCGGAGAGUUCAGCACCAGGCUCGUCAUGCAGGAGCAGCAGCAGCAGGAGGUGUUGGGUGGAGUUCUGCUGGAUCAGGAGUUCACUCAGGCUGUUCGAGGAUCCUUCAAGAGACUGACGACCACCAUGGAGCAGCUGUUGUACGUCCUGCAGUUACUGCUCUCCUUCACCUUCAUCACCAUCUUCACCAAGGCAUUUGGUUACCUCAGACAGUACAGGAAUGACGUUCGAUUUGACAACGUCUACAUCAGCACCUACUUCAGGCAGAUUGACGCCCGCAGGAGGAGAGCGGGGAAGCGCUUCCUGCUGCCUCUGAAAAAAUCAGAGAAGAAGAAGUUCAUCAACCCCUGGAAUCCAAAGAUCCACCCUGAAGAGCUCGAACAAGUGACCUCAGGUGUGUUUCAGGUGCUGUCUCUCUCUCUGCUGUCUGUCAUCCUGCUGGCUGUUGACUUCUCUCUGUCCCACGUGUUGGACAUCGUCAGCAGACACAGCUUCACCCAGUUCAACAUCACCAGUAGUCACCAGGUGGACAUCAGAGUGGGCGGAACCUCCAUGAUAGCCCGGCUCCUGAGGAAGACGGUUUCGGCCUACAACAGCUCGUCCAUCCUCAGCGUCCACACCGACAACCGGAUGUGUGUGUCCCCCCCCUCCUCCCUCUCUGCUGGUGUGUAUAUCAGCUGUCUGUGUUGCAUCCUGUUAGUGGCACUCUUCAGCUGCCUCCAGGUUUACACCAACCGCCUCCGCCGGGUCAUCGCCGCCUUCUACCACCCACAGCGGGAGAAGACGCGUAUCUUGUUUUUCUACAACCUUCAGCUCCAGACACGGAUUUUCUCCACUGACAGGAAACGCGUCGUCAGCCGGGGACGGAAGAGCAGGACGGUGUUUCAGUGUCUGACCCAGUGUCACCGUCACCAAAAGGAAGUGUCGGACUCAGAGACGCACUACGACCCUGCUUAGACCAGGACAGGAAGUUCCACUUGCAGCUCACAGAAUUAAAAGAAGAAGGCGUUGAGAUGAACCUGCACCUUUAAAAUAAGUAUAAAGAAGUAGAAACCUGCA